CAUACUACAAUGUCGUCCACCUACUUGAUCAUCGGAGCUUCCCGCGGUAUUGGUUACACUUUCGCAAAACAAUUGAGUGCUGAAAAGUCCAACUUGGUUAUCGCUACUGCUAGAAGCGAAAAGUCUGCAAAAGAAUUAGAAUCUUUAGGACCAAAUGUUAAAACCUUGUUGAUCGAUAUGCAAGAUCCAUAUACCAAAUUUGAGACGGCCUUCAAGGUUCUCGAAACCUUGGCUCCAAAUGGUGUUGAUGUGUUUAUUCACAACGCUGGUAUCGCCGAUGAUACUAGCGUGCAGCCUUCAUCCGUAUACAACGUAGACGCUUAUACACAAAUUCUUGAUGUCAAUGUUGGAGGUCCUGCUAAGGCUUACAAAGCGGCCUAUCCAUACAUUUUCAAAGGAAAGGGUACUAAGAAAAUUGCUUUCGUCUCCUCCAGCAUGGGACAAAUUGGAUUUCUGCCUGAUUUUAAUGCCUACGGUGCUUCCAAGGCUGCACUCAACCAUUUGGGGGUCCAAAUUGCUAAGGAAAAUGCUGGUUCCGACGACGAAUUGGUAAAGGGUUCAGUGACGGUUUUAUUAUGUCCGGGACUUGUUGCAACCGACAUGACCAAGAACAUCCCAGGAGGUAUGCCAGUAGACGAUUCAGUGGCUGCAAGUUUGGCUACCAUCAACAAGGUUACUGCUGCCGAAUCCGGUAAGUUUUACGCCCACACUGGUGAGCAACAGCCGUACACCUUAGUUUAAUGGGAAACCUGAACUCAGUGUUUAUAUACUCCUGUGUAGGUGUGGGUCUGUUUCCAUAUUUAUUUCUUACAUAUACAUAUUAUGCUUCUGAAUCGAGAAUCUUUACUCCUAAAUUGGUAAACUUUUUCAUUAACUGCAUGAGAAUAUAGUUUUGUGUAGGUGUAUGUGCAAGUAUACAGUAAUAUACCAAAGACGAUGUCGUGUGUCCUUACCAUUAGCUCACUUCAUCGCGAUGCCC